CGAUCAGUUGAGAUCAUUGCAAAACUAUCGCAGCCAAGAUGAAAUCCUGGUACCUGGCACUCAGCCUGCUGCUCCUCGCCGCAUCCACAUUUCAGCCCACCGACGCCCGCGGCGGAAGGGGGCGUGGCGGCGGCUCAUUUGGCGGACUGUUCGGCGGUUGGCGCAAGUACAAGAAGCCGUCGUCGUCGGGCGGUGGGCGGCGGGUGGUGAGCGGUUCACCAGUUCACACGGCCAUGACGGUGCCGAAACCACCACCGCCGCCGCCGGCACCACCAAAGAUGCCCAUGAUGCCGCCCAAGCAGCAGAUCCCCAGCUAUCCGCGCCAGCAGAUGCCACCUGGCUAUGGCUUCGGAUCGUAUCCGGGCCAAGGCAGCGGAACGUACUAUGCCAAUGCCCAGGCCCUGCCAGCGGGAGCGGUGUACUAUGCCCAACCACCCGUCGGAAUGAAUCGAGGAAUCGGUACGGGAGAUUUCCUCACCGGAAUGCUGGCGGGCCACAUGAUGAACAACGUUCUGUUUGGCCACCGACACCAUACGUACCAUAGAAAUCCGGAGGAGGUCCAGUCGUCGCCCCAGGAAAAUGGUCGACAGAUCAUCAUCGUCAACAAUGGUCAGCAGGAGGGAGUUUUGCACAAUGAGACCACUAUUUCGGGAGAAUCCUCCGCAGUGGUCCCCCCGGAAAAUCCGCUCACGGAGGAGGAGGAUGUGGAGGGGCAGGGCGAAGGUGACGGAGGAAGUGAAGCUGUUUCCAGUGAGGAAUCCACGGAAUCGGAGGCAACUCCUCAGCCCUAUCCAGAUGGUGGCAUCAUUUGUUUUCCCAUCAUGCUAAACGAAACAGAUCCCGAAAACUCGGAGGUGAUGCGAGAAGUGGAACGGGUCGUUUGCUUUCCAGCUCCCCCCCACAAUCCGGAUAAUUUCCAACCCACCAUAACCACUGAGCCACCCAUCGUUGCCGGCGAUAUUGUUGGCGGUGCAGAUGAUGGUACAGAACUUGGUGGUGGUGAUGAGGUCAGCCAUGCAGGUACUCCCGUGGAUGUGGCCAACUUUGUAGCUGCAAGAGAUGAUGAAGUCGAAACGGAUUCUAUUUAACUACUAAAAACUAAGUGAA